ACAGGAGCUUUGUUUCUUUGGUGGUACCUGCAAUUUGAAGACCCCAGGUGAAGUUGGGACAUCUUCCUUGAAGAGAAAGGUGUGACCUAAAUGGCAGUAUGGCCUGGACUGAUUACCCUGGAGGUGGUAACCAGUGAAUGGAUUUAGGGCAUAUAUUGAAGCACAAUUUCAAGAUGUCAUACCUGGAGAACAGUACUCAGGUGAAUGAGUUCACACUCUUGGGAUUGACCCACACCCCAGAGCUGCAAGUUCCCCUCUUCCUAAUGUUCACCCUCAUCUAUCUCAUCACUCUCACUGGGAACCUGGGGAUGAUCACGUUGAUCCUGCUGGACUCCCGUCUCCACACCCCCAUGUACUUUUUCCUCAGUCACCUCUCCCUGGUGGACUGCGUUUACUCCUCGGCCGUGACCCCCAAGGUGAUGGCUGGGCUUCUCACAGGCGAUAAAGUGAUCUCCUACAGCGGAUGUGCUGCUCAAAUGUUCUUCUUUGUGGCUUUUGCCAGCGUGGACUGCCUCCUGCUGGCUGUGAUGGCCUAUGACCGUCAUGCAGCGGUCUGCACACCCUUGCAUUACACCACCACCAUGACCACCAGUGUGUGUGUCCACAUGGCUGUGGCCUGCUACCUCUGGGGCUUGGUCGAAUCUGCCUCCUACACCGGGUUCACCUUCUCCCUCUCCUUCUGCCGUUCCAAUGUGGUCCAUCACUUUUUCUGUGAUAUCCUCCCAAUCCUUGCCCUCUCCUGCUCUGAUACCUACAUAAAUGAGACUGUGCUGUACAUCUUGACAGCCUUCAAUGUCUUUUUUGCCCUGGUGGUUAUCCUGACCUCCUAUCUGUUCAUAUUCAUUGCCGUCCUGAGGAUGCGCUCAGCAGAAGGGCAGAAGAAAGCCUUCUCCACCUGUGCGUCUCACCUCACCGCCGUGACCAUCUUCUACGGAACCAUCAUCUUCAUGUACUUACAGCCCAGCUCUAGCCAUGCCAUGGACAAUGACCAAAUGGCCUCUGUCUUCUAUACAAUGAUAGUUCCCAUGUUGAACCCAAUCGUCUACAGUUUAAGGAACAAAGAGGUUCAUAGGGCUUUCAAGAAAGCCAUGGAGAAGAUGAUGACUCUUUUGCGCACAUGAUUUUAACUAAGGAGGUCAUGCAAUCUGUAUAGCUCAUCAGUUAUCUACUGUUGUGUAACAAAGUGCUCCCAAAUUUAGUGGCU